ACAUCUUGUCAUGUGACACGUGGAAAAUUAAAAAUGGCAGUGGCAGGAAGGUUUAGGCAGCUUCGUCUUUUGCUAUGGAAGAACUGGUUGUUCAUUAUUAGGAGCUGGAAGACAACUGCUCUCCAGUUAAUGGCCCCUUGUUUCUUUCUUGUCCUGGUUACUCUACUAAGUCUCCUUCCGCAAGGACUGGAAGAUAUCACUGACCCACAGCCUGAGACUUUAGGGAGGCUUCCUACUUGUAAGUCAUGGAAUGGCAAAAACUGCUAUACUCUCCUGGUAUUUGGACUGGAUUUGUCAGCUCCUUUUUUUUCACCUAAUGAAGAAACAAAACAGUGUAUUAAUACGCUAAUGGGGGAUUUUGCUACUGUAAGUCACCUGGAUCACGAACAUAUCAAAAAUAAUACUUACCUUGAUUUUAAAUCUAUUUCAAGUGGUUUAGAGGAACUGAUGCUCGACAACACAACACAGGCAGCCAUUGUGUUCCUUGAGUGUAACUAUAAUGGAAGUUCUCCUAAGCUCAAUUACACUAUAAUGUAUAAUGCUACUCGAGCUUUAAAGAUACAGCAACUUGUGUUUGGUUCACCGGACAAACCAGAUGGGAGGAGUGAGAUACAGUUAGCUCUUGAUCAAGUCUUCAUGUCACGGGUCCUCAAUGAGUCAGUGAACAUUACUGUGCAAGCUGAAACUUUCCCUAAGAUAUUUCAACAACCUUCCCUUGCAUCUAAACAGGCUCAAAGUGCUACUGUGUUUCUAUUUUGUGCCAUUACCUUCCAGUUUGUGAUGAUGCUUUACAAUGUAGUCUCUGAGAAAGACCUCAAGUUGCGUCAGGGUCUCAAACUAACCGGACUAAAGGACUCUGUCUACUGGUGUGCCUGGACCAUAACUGGUUUUGGAAUUGCUUUUGUGUCUACCUGUAUAUUAAUGGCAACUGGUUAUGCUUGUCAACUCAAAUAUUUUUUCAAUACCAACUUCAUCAUUAACUUUUUAUUAUUCUUUCUAUACAGUUCAAGUAUGGUCCCACUAGCCUUCUUUGCUAGUGUCUUCAUUAAUACCAUUAGAAUGGCAGUUGCAGUUGGUAUGAUGGUGUUUGUUAUUGGGCUCAUAAUAAUAUCACUACUCGGUAAUCCAUUCCUGUUGUCCCAGCUGUAUGUGUACGUGAAGCCUCUAGUGUAUGUCCUUUCAUUCUUGCCUCCAUUUCAUCUGUCUAAGGCCAUGGGUGAUAUUGGUCUAGCCUCCAGUGACACUGAUUCCAAUGGGUUACCACAGACUCCUUAUCAUUACGGCUGGAAUGAGUUAUUCAAGCAAAUCAAAGUCCUCCUGUUUGAUUUCAGUAAUCGUGAAAACCCUGUGGCAACUUAUCAUGAACUCCCUCCAACCUACGAGUCUUUUCUAAUGCUCAUUGCUAAUGGUUUCUUCUAUGGGAUCCUCUUUUGGUAUUUGGACAAUGUUAUCACCGGAAAUCAUGGGAUACCUAGAAAAUGGUAUUUCUUCCUUCAGUAUUCAUAUUGGUUUGGCGACUGCUGCCCUCAGAAGCAGAGAAGCGGUCAGUAUCUUCUAAGGCCACCAGUACAGAGUCUGCAGAAAGAAGGAGAGGGAGAUUCACUUCUGGAGGGCCAACAAAGAUAUGGAGCAUCUGGGAAUGCUUUGGUAUUGAAUGGUCUGUGUAAAAGAUAUGGCUCUUUUCUGAGGUGUGGAGAUUCAGCGAUUCCAAUGGCAGUCAAUAAUUUAACGCUCUCAGUUGAGCAGGAUCAAAUCCUCUCAUUGCUGGGUCAUAAUGGUGCUGGUAAGUCUACUACCAUUAAUAUGCUCACUGGGUUACUCUGCCCUGACAAAGGUGAUGCUUAUUUUUAUGGUCACAGCGUCACUAAAGAACUUGAUUUAGUUCGAAGUUCACUUGGCGUAUGCCCUCAGCAUGACAUACUGUGGAAUGAUCUGACAGCUCAAGAGCACAUGGAGCUGUUUGCUGGUAUGAAAGGAGUACCAAGAGGAUCCAUCAAGAAAGAAAUACUCCAACUACUAGAGCAGGUCCAGUUGGAUCAUGUUGCUGAUAAUCGUGUUGGUACUUUUAGUGGUGGGAUGAAGAGAAGGUUGAGCGUGGCAAUGUCGUUCCUUGGGGACCCCUGUGUUGUGUUUUUAGAUGAGCCUACCACUGGAAUGGAUCCAAAGAUCCGGCGGAAUAUAUGGAACCUGAUCCUCGAGAAGAAGAAGAACCGUGUGACUGUGAUGACCACACACUCAAUGGAAGAGGCUGACAUACUUGGAGAUACUAUUGCCAUCAUGACCAAUGGUCAAUUAAGAGUGAUGGGUACUUCUGUGAAUCUAAAGAACAGGUUUGCUGGCUACAAUAUAGAACUGGUUGUACGUGAAGACAACGUCCAACAAAUAAUGGACAUUGUUGGGACUCAGUUGCCUGGUGCCACACUUAAGACUGAGCCUCUAAAGGUGGAGGAUGGUGUACUGUUACCAUAUAAUCUUCCUCCAGAUUGUCAUGCCAAUGUCGUUCCUUUCUUUAAAAUACUUGAGAAAGAAGACCAGAUAGCUGCUGUUGUGUACGAUUACUCGAUAUCUCAGACAACUCUUGAAGAAGUUUUUAUAAACGUGACACUCCAUGAAGUCUUCAGAGAGAAACAGUAUCAGCCAUUGUUACGGAGUGGUUCCAUAAUGUCUGGUGGUAAAGUAUCACCUCCUGCCUCUGACAAUACCUACUCUUCCUAAUAACUGUUACCCUGUGCUCGAGUGAAGGGGCAAUGCAGGAUUUUUAUUUAAAAUUAUUUUAUAAGUAUAUCAAGAGAAUAUUUUGUUCUUUAUUUAAUAAAGUAGUCAUAUUGACAAAUGAAA